GGAUUGAGUUUCGAGGGGCUCCAUCACGGAUGGCUGUAGGGAUCCAUGUCGCCUUUGUUUGGAGGCCCAUUCCUCUAAAUGGGUAGAACACAGGUUAACCUGCUGCAUGAGGAAGGUGAACCUACAAUUCAGAGGGUGGCGGUAAUACGCACCAAAAGUUGUACGUCACCGUGAAUAAACCGACGAAGAAGAAUCCAGAGCGACAUGCAAGAUCACUAACAAUCUCCCAUAAUGAGCGCUCAACUGAAAGAUGUCAUCAUCAAGCCAGAUGCUCCCAGCUCUCUGCUGCUGGAUAAACAUGCUGAUUACAUCGCUGCUUAUGGCUCCAAGAAGGAUGACUAUGUGAGUAAAUCUGUGUCCUCCUCUGUCCUUGUUCAGGGGAAGAUGGACACGAUAAACGUUGACAAAGCUGUGGAGUUCGUCUUGUCUUGUAUGAAUUUCGAUGGAGGUUUUGGCUGCAGACCUGGUUCAGAGUCUCACGCCGGUCAGAUUUACUGCUGCACUGGUUUCCUGUCGCUCACUGGCCAGCUCCACCAGCUCAACGCAGACCUGCUGGGAUGGUGGCUCUGUGAGAGACAGCUGCCGUCUGGAGGCCUCAAUGGAAGACCAGAGAAGCUUCCAGAUGUUUGCUACUCCUGGUGGGUCCUGGCAUCUCUGAAGAUCAUCGGCAGGAUUCACUGGAUUGACAAAGCCAAGCUGCGGCGGUUCAUCCUGGCCUGUCAGGACGAGGAGACGGGAGGAUUUGCUGACAGACCGGGAGACAUGGUGGAUCCUUUCCACACUCUGUUCGGAGUUGCAGGCCUCUCUCUUCUCGGUGACGAGCAGAUCAAAGCGGUGAAUCCCGUGCUGUGUAUGCCAGAGGACGUCCUGCAGAGGAUUGGUCUGCAACCCGACCUCCUCAGCUAGCACUUCCACUCAUCAAAUAACAAACUCCAACACUGCUCCCCCCCAACUAAGGCCCCUCGGCCUGAGUUAACCACUACAGCCGAACACUGGAUGUAGAUAGAGGACCACCGCACGCUAUGAAGCACCCAUCAGUUUUAUUUUUUUGUCUUUUUUUGCUAUCCUGAUUGUGUUUAACAACCUGCUUCUUAAAAUCAUCAAUAUGAGGGUUUUUUAAAAGUAACUUCUUUAAAGUUUGGACCUCAGAAGCUACAUUCCUUCAUUCAUUACCUUACUUUUUUACUUAUCUUUAGGAGAAACCUCUAUAACUUUUUCACGUUUCUCCCAUUACUAUAAACCUUUCUGUAUUUUAUUGGGAUUUAAAUGAUAGACCCACACAAAGUGCUCGUUUAGAAGAGUAUAGCUGAAAAGGAGAACUUUAUAUAGUUUGGCAAAAUAAUAAGAGCAUACUUGUUGAUCCUUUCAACAGCUUGGGUUUUAUUAGGUGGGGGGCAAAUUUAAAUUUCAGAAUACAUACCUUCUACAGAGCUCACAGUCAUUAGUUGUUCAAAUAUAUAACAUUAUGUACUGUUGUGUUAGUCUAUAAGAUAUAUCCUAAUAAAACCCAUAGAAGUUUGGUCUGUAAUGUGAAAACAUGAAGUUUUACUGAAGGUUUCCUGCCCUCUUUAGCUGCAGGUUGAACACAAACUAAAAAGAUAUUGAAACGGAACCUUUGAGAUUUUCACCAUGAAAAAGCAGAAUUUCAUAGCAGAAAAAGGGAAGAAAUUUCCUUCCACUGUAUGCAGUAAUGAAAAGGCGUUCAGAUAUGAAACAAAGAGCAUGUGUGUCGCACUCAAGCAAUCCCAGCCUGCUGUGGUAAUGCUGCACACAGCUGGAGUGGAGCCACAGGAGUCGCUGGAAGCGCUGCUUAAUGCGUCUCAUUACUACAACCAGAGAGAAGCUGUUUAAAUAGGGGUUCUCGUAACUGUAAAUGUUACGGUAUGAUUUAUAUUCCAGCUACACUAUUUAUUCAAAUCUGUCACUCUGCAGGCAGCUGCAUUUGUUCAGCCUCCCAGGAGCUUAUUUGUACUUGAGUUCUGAACCGAUUCCACCGAAUCUUUCUCUGAUUGGCUCCGCAUUUGAUUUAGUAAAUCUCUACGUCUCUCGUCUGAAAAUAUUUGUUGUCAAAUAGCUGGUGGGUGUGUAUUGUUACAGAGCUUAAUGGACAAGCAUCAGCGUUCUAAUGUUUGAGUCCAGUGGAGAAGACAAUUAAGGAAUAGUUUAUGUUUACAAAGAUUUAUCAAAAUAAAACGACAUGAUCAAAAACUGGUAUUUUGUUUCACACUUCUUUAUUUCAUGCUUUGCUGCCAUUUUCCCUUUUUAAAUGUUGUUAAAUGUAAAUUUAGCAAACAUUUUAUCACAGGUUUAUUGAGU